UCACGUCGGGGUUUCAGUUUACAGCUAAACAUCGUCACUGUCCUGCUGUUCGCUCCGCUUGCGCUGGGCGUUGGCGCCUUGCACCGGCGGGACGGUUACGUGCGUGCGCGGGACAAAGCCCUGCGCUCCUCUCACUCACUCCCAUCACCUCACCACGCGACGGCCACAGACGCGCACGGCCACCGUGCCACCAGCCAUCGCGGAUAGAGGGGAUAGGCCUGGGCGCUCAUUCCGUUGGAGCCCCAAGCCCCUCCGCCCCCAGCCUCACUUUCUCCCCGCGCUACCUACCAAAACACCACGCCGCGCGUCACGUCACGGUUCGCAGCCGGCCACUUCCCGCGCCGUACUACUUGGGCGGCAUAGAUAGAUCGCUCGCUCACUUCCAGGGCCUGCGCUGCAAGCAAAGCGAGCUCUCCGUCCGAGCUAAGCGAACGAGAGGGAGGGUAGGGUCGUCCCCGGCCGGCCGGAGAAGAUGGAUCACGCGGCGGACACUUUCCGGACGGACCUGAUGACCAUCACGCGGCACGUGCUGAACGAGCAGAGCCGGCACCCGGAGUCGCGCGGCGACCUCACCAUCCUCCUCUCCCACAUCGUCCUCGGCUGCAAGUUCGUCGCCUCCGCCGUCAACAAGGCCGGCCUCGCCAAGCUCACCGGCCUCGCCGGCGAGACCAACGUCCAGGGGGAGGAGCAGAAGAAGCUGGACGUGCUGUCCAACGAGGUGUUCGUCAAUGCCCUCGUCAGCAGCGGCCGCACCUGCGUUCUUGUGUCCGAGGAGGACGAGAAGGCGACGUUCGUCGACCCUAAGCUCCGUGGAAAGUGUGUAAAAUACUUCGGCUUCUCCAUGUUCUACUCACAUACCAUGAUAUGGUUGAGGAGCACUUUUUCCUUUGUUGUUUCUGAUGAAAUAUGCGGAUCUUCAUUUUCCAUCAGGUACUGUGUCUGCUUUGAUCCCCUGGAUGGAUCCUCCAACAUCGACUGCGGCGUCUCCAUCGGAACGAUCUUUGGGAUCUACAUGAUCAAGAACCAAGACACCGUGACUCUGGAGGAAGUACUGCAGCCUGGGAAGGACAUGAUUGCUGCUGGAUACUGCAUGUAUGGGAGUUCCUGCACGCUUGUCCUGAGCACUGGAAAUGGUGUCAACGGCUUCACGCUUGACCCUUCUCUUGGGGAGUUCAUAAUGACUCAUCCAGACAUCAAGAUACCGCCGAAAGGAAAGAUCUAUUCGGUUAACGAAGGGAAUGCCAAGAACUGGGACACCCCUACUGCAAAGUACGUGGAGAAGUGCAAGUAUCCCACGGAUGGUUCAUCACCCAAAUCAUUGAGAUACAUUGGCAGCAUGGUUGCUGAUGUCCACCGCACCUUGCUAUACGGCGGCAUAUUUCUGUACCCCGCGGACAAGAAGAGCCCGAGCGGAAAGCUCCGUGUGAUGUAUGAGGUGUUCCCCAUGUCAUUCCUGAUGGAGGAGGCUGGAGGCCAGUCUUUCACAGGCAAAGGACGGUCGCUCGACCUGAUCCCCACCGACAUCCACGAGAGAUCCCCGAUAUUCCUCGGCAGCAGCGACGACGUGGAGGAGAUCAAGGCGCUGUACGCGGAGGAGGCCAAGAAGGCAGGAUCUGCAUGAUGAUCGGCGGCCAUCGCGCGCAAGGCGUGUGAAUCGAUGGCGACUCGUGGGCCUUGCUGACGAUGCGAUUCGUAUGUCAGGCAUUCCUUUUCUAUAUAUACGUCUGUGGCACUCAGUGUAAUAUAGCGUGUGGAGGCCUCGAACAGCUUCAUUCAUGAGCAGCCAAGGCUUCUGCCUCUCACAACAAUCCACUGAUGAUGGCACGUAAUAUAUCAUAACUACAUGUA